AUGGUGGACCAGCUUCUACGUCGAAAGCGAGAAGAACUGGUGCGAUCUUGGCAAGACCGAGAAAAACGACUCGCAGACGCGAGGCUAAAAGAAAAAGCCCGCGAAGAGCGCGUGCGCAAAAAGCGCAAAUUCGAAGCCGCUGUAGCUAGUCGCGAAGCGGGCGAGGAGGAUGAUGACGAACAAUGGAUGCUAGAUGACUGGGAUGGUGAGAGCGGACCAGUGUCUGCGCCGAACGAUGCACUCUCGGGCCUGAGCAAAGAAUCGCGCGAUGUUCUCGAAAGGAUGGGCCUCGGCGCACCGAAGCAGCAAAACGAAGACAGCGACGUGUUGGAAGAGGAGAUCAAGAUUUAUUAUACUUCCAGAACACAUUCGCAGCUCUCGCAGUUCAUUGCGGAACUGCGGCGACCGACAUUCCCUGCGUCUCUACCACAAGACUUGUCCGGCAGUGGCGCAAAGACCCAAGAUGAACUUGUCAAGCUUCUACCGUUAUCGUCUCGGCAGAAGCUUUGCAUCAACCCGAGUGUGUCACGCCUCAAGACCGUGCAAGCCAUCAACGACCGGUGCGCGGAGCUACAGCAGCCAAAGUCGGGCCGCAAAUGUGAAUUUGUCCCCAGAGAGGAGCUGCUGGCACAGACACACGAGUUCAGGGACACGGCGCUCGCCACAGUCCCGGACAUUGAAGACCUCUAUCAGCUAGGCAAGGCUCUCCGCGUUUGCCCGUACUAUGCUUCGCGAACGGCGUUGCCUGGCGCAGAGAUUGUGACACUGCCCUAUCCACUGCUGUUGCAGAAAAGUGCCCGAGAUGCGCUAGGGAUCAAACUCGAGGGCAACGUCGUCAUUGUGGACGAAGCGCACAACAUCAUGGACGCGGUGUCGAAUGUGUAUGCGGCUGAUUUGAAGCUGAGCGACCUUCGCAGAUGCCGAGAAAUGCUAGGUGUAUAUGUGCGAAAGUUUGGGAAAAAACUGAAAGGUGUCAAUCGCGUCAACGUUGGUCGAGUCGGCCGUGUUGUGGAGGGCCUCAGCGAGUACAUGAACACUAAGCUCAAUGCCAAGCAGGACCACGGAAUUGUUGACCCGAAUGAGCUGACGAGGCCCAAAGGGAUUGACCAAAUCAAUAUGUUUGAGCUCAUUCAAUAUAUACACGAGUCAAAGCUCGCUUACAAAAUCGAAGGCUAUGCUACCCACGUUGACAGCAAUCAACAAGAUGGGAAGCCGCAUGCUCCCAAAUCAAGCACACCAGUGCUGCACACAUUCGUGUCAUUUCUGAUUGCACUCACAAACUUGAGCUCAGAAGGUCGCAUUUUUUAUCAAAAGCUGCCCGGAGCCCAGUCAGACGUGCAGUUAUCAUACCUACUCCUGUCGCCCACCUACGCCUUCUCAUCCAUUGCCUCCAGCGCAAGAGCCGUUAUUUUGGCCGGAGGUACAAUGUCUCCCUUUGAUGAUUAUAAGGAUCACUUAUUUCCCAUGCUCGACGAGUCCAAAAUCACAACUCUGAGCUGUGGACACGUUAUCCCUUCCACCAAUCUCUGCGUCCGCACGUUGGCUGCGUCGAGAGCAGGCGGGCCGCCGUUCGAGUUUAGCUACCAGCGACGUGGUGACCAAGAAAUGAUUGGGCAGCUUGGGCUGGCCAUAUUAAACAUGUGUUCCGUUGUUCCAGAUGGCGUUGUCAUUUUCUUCCCAAGCUACGGCUACCUCGAUGAAGUCGUGCAAGUUUGGAAGACGAAGCGAGCAGGAGAUGCCCAGUCUACUUGGGAGCGACUCAAGUCCAAAAAGACGAUUUUUCAAGAGACAAAGGGUGCAUCCAGUGACGAAGUUCUCCAAAAAUAUUCAGAAGCCAUAUUCGGAGCACAGGCCGGCGGUGGUGCCCUGUUGCUCAGUGUCGUCGGGGGCAAGAUGUCGGAAGGAAUCAACUUUUCAGACCGGCUUGGACGAUUGGUGGCUGUGGUUGGCCUUCCGUACCCCAACAUUGCGUCACCUGAUUGGAAGGCCAAGAUGGAAUACAUUGAGUCGUCGACCAGAACUCGGCUGUUGGAGCGUGGCGGCAUCCCCCCGGCGGAAGCCACCAGUCGCGCCAAGCAAACCGCCCGAGAUUUCUACGAGAAUUCGUGUAUGCGGGCGGUGAACCAGAGUAUUGGGCGCGCAAUUCGUCACAAGGGUGAUUAUGCAGCGAUUGUGCUGUUGGAUAGGAGGUACACGAGCGAGCGGAUUCGCAGCAAGCUGCCUGGCUGGAUCCAAGGCGGACUUCAGGUGGAUGUGCAGGAAAAAGGACUUGGAGGGGUAAUGGGAGCCUUGGGAUCCUUUUUCCGGGGAAAGAAGACGAUGUAG